UUGCGCUGAAUUCUUGUUAGAUUCUGCUGAGUAUUUUGAUCAUGUGGGCAGUGUGCGGGAUCCUCACUGUAACCGGAGUUCUCACAAACGACAGCGACGACAUCGAGUUCCUCGCCAGGACAGACGCCAAGAGCAACACCUUCGACAUGACGCCAUGGUUCCUGGCCCCAUACCCUGGUCAGUUUGGAAUACCAAAAUUCCACACAGCUGUCUUCAUUGGGUUUCUUGCCUCCAUCACAGCGUCCAUGGUCGAGUCGGUGGGCGACUACUUCGCCUGCUCCAAGUCCACCGAUGUCCCGUCGCCGCCCAAUCACGCCGUGACACGAGGCAUAUUUAUGGAGGGAAUAUGCAGCGUCCUAUCCGGCGCCCUCGGUGCUGGCCACGCUACGACGUCGUACAGUGGAAGUGUGGCUGCUAUAAAUCUGACUAAAACAGCCAGCAGGAUUGUGAUGCUUUUUGCUGGAAUCAUCCUGAUCAUCAUUUCAAUGGUCGGGAAGUUCGCCGCCGUGUUCGCCAUGAUCCCGAACCCGGCGCUGGCCGGCUCGCUGGUGGUCAGUUUUGGAAUGCUCAUCUCGCUGGGCAUCUCCGCCCUCAAGUACGUCGAUCUGUCGUCCUCCAGGAAUCUGCUCAUCCUCGGAGUGUCCAUGAUGGUCGGGAUCAUGAUGUCAGAGUGGGUGAAAAAAUACCCAGACUUUGUCAACUCGGGCAAUAUUGAACUGGACUCGACUAUUAAAGUUAUUUUCGGAACACCAAUGUUCCUUGGAGGCAUCACGGCUUGUCUGCUUGACAAUACAGUUCGAGGAACUGAAGAAGAAAGAGGACUGGUAGCAUGGCGGCAAAGUCACAUGUCAUCAAAAAGAGAUGCUCAAACAAGUAACAAAUCUGAGAAGAUAAAAGCAAAGGACUCGAACGAUUUAACGGAAGCAGACGUGUACGAAUGGAACUGCCUACCAGCUUUAUAUUCGUGCAUGCCCUGUUUGAGUAAACUGCCGUUUAUGCCCCCACUUCCCGCAAAAGAAACAAUUUUCAAAGAAGAAGCAUCCGGUGAAAAAUCCUCAUCUGUGUGAUACAGGAAUGUGUUGGGUUAAAUAAAACAGUUUGUAAACAUCAAAACUGAUAUAUCAGCAGGUUAUUAGCCUGUUCAGACACAUUGUAGUAGUACAAGAAGCUGAAUAUGUUUGAAAAAAUGAAAUAACCACACGUGGGAACAGUAAUUUCUUUAAUAAGACUAAGAGAAGCUUGGUGUACUUGGACUGUAAUGUGAAAAAAAUUGAAGGGACUGAUUGAUUGCUUCCCUAACUUACGUUUUGGGAAGCCAUUUAAUAUAUGAUCAUACUGUGCACUGAUAUUUAAUCCUGUGCUAUAUAAUAUAAUAUAUAUAAUAUAAUAUAUUCACAUAAGGGGAGCUAAACAUUACUAUUCUUGAUUAAUCUUACGGGAGUGAUGGAGAAUCAGAAUAAAAACUCACCUUAUAUGGCAAGGUCUGUGUCCUUGACUUUUAUUUACAACCAAUCGGACGAUUAAUUUGCUGACCUUCACCGUUUACGUGUAUUUUCAAGUUUUGAAGUCAUUAUAAUUAAAACAAUGAAUUCUCAUUUACCAUUAUAUUUCUAAAACACAUGUAUAAUUAUUUAUACGGUACUAAGGGUCUAUCUCUGUUUAAGAAGUGACCUGGUGAUCAUUAUGUACUUACAAUUUACUGUAGGUUAAGUUUUUAUACAUACAUGUAAAGUGUUUCUUUGCUUUUUUUAAAUAAAAUGUCUUGAAGAAAAA